ACAAUGUUUCAGCUUCUUCUCUCAUCCUUUCUGCUUUGCUCCUCCUUCAUUAUAGAGCUUCAGCUGCAACCUGCGUAUGCCAUUAAUAAAAAGGCAAGUCUUUGUUCCUACAUUGUAUACCUGGGAUCCCAUUCUCAUGGCCCCCGACCUUCUACUGCUGAUAUGGACUCUGCUACGAACUCUCAUCGUGAUUUGUUCGCUUCUGUUCUGGGAAGCCAUGAGAAGGCCAGAGAAGCUAUGUUUUACUCUUACAACAAGCACAUCAAUGGCUUUGCUGCAUUACUCGAAGACGAAGAGGCACAAGAGCUCAAAAAAAAUCGAAGGGUGGUGUCGGUGUUCUUGAGCCAAUCACAUAAGCUGCACACAACCAGGUCACGGGACUUCCUUGGACAAGAGAGGAACGGAAGAGUUACACUGGACUCUGCCUGGGUGAAGGGCAACUUUGGUCAAAAUGUCAUCAUUGGCAGCAUUGAUACUGGUGUCUGGCCAGAAUCGAAAAGCUUCCGGGACAAUGGAUAUGAGCCCAUACCGAAGGGGAAGAUAAUAGGAGCAAAAACCUUCUUUCAAGGCUACGAAACAAAAAACGGCCCCCUUAGCUCAUCAACUCGAAUCAGUGCCCGUGACACUGUUGGCCAUGGAACCCAUACUUCGUCAACGGCCGGCGGCAACUUUGUGAGAGAUGUCAGCGUUCUCCGAAAUGGCAACGGCACUGCAAAAGGAGGAUCUCCAAAAGCCCGACUUGCAGUGUACAAAGUAUGCUGGGGCCGCGAUAAUUCUGAAGAGUGCACUGAUGAAGACUUGAUUAAAGCUUUUGAUGAAGCCAUCCAUGAUGGUGUUGAUGUGCUCUCUUGA